CAUUCAACAAGCAUGUCUGAGUUAACUAAUGCCACUCAAGCCCCCUUCUACAUCACCCUCACGGGCAUCCCUGGAUUUGAGGCCUCCCACAUCUGGAUCUCCAUCCCCUUCUGCUGCGUCUACACCAUCUCCCUCAUGGGUAACACCACCAUUCUCAUCGUCCGCAAGGAGCCAGCUCUGCACCAGCCCAUGUACCUAUUUCUCUCCAUGCUGGCCCUGACCGACCUGGACCUCACCCUCACCACCCUGCCCACAGUCAUGCAGCUCCUCUGGUUCAACAUUCGUAAGAUCAGCUUUGAAGCUUGUUUUGCCCAGUUCUUCUUCCUCCAUGGAUUCUCCUUAAUGGAAUCGUCAGUACUAUUGGCCAUGUCCUUUGAUUGCUAUGUGGCCAUCUGCCGUCCCCUGCAUUAUGCCUCCAUCCUCACCAGUGAGGUCAUUGGCAGGAUCAGCUUAGCCAUCAUUUGCUGCUGUGUCCUGGCUGUUCUCCCCUCCCUUUUCCUACUCAAGCGCCUGCCCUUCUGCCGCUCCCAACUUCUCUCUCACUCCUACUGCCUCCACCAGGACAUGGUCCGUUUGGUCUGUGCUGACUACCGGGUCAACAGCUGGUAUGCAUUUGCUCUGGUUUUGCUCAUUAUUGUGAUGGACCCUUUGCUCAUUGUGCUCUCCUACACACUCAUCCUGAAAAGUAUCUUGGGCACAGCCUCCCGAACAGAGUGGUCGCGGGCCCUCAAUAACUGU